ACUUUGACCCCUACACUGAUACUACCUAUGAGGCCAAGAGGAUGAUAGAGGGUGUGGAAUAUGAGAUGCGUGUCUAUGCAGUGAACGCCAUUGGCAUGUCAUGUCACAGCGCUGCCUCACAACCUUUCAUCCCAGUGGCCCCAACCAGUGACGUCGGCCUGUGUGUGGAUGACAUCAGUGACACUACCAUCUCACUGAAGUGGAACCCCGGACAUCUGGGCUCGUCUGAGCUGGAUGGCUGGGUCGAGUACUGCAAGGAGGGCUCUGAUGAAUGGGUGCCAGCUUUCGAGGGUCUGACAGAGAGGACAUCUGUGAUCAUCCGGGACCUGCCGACCGGGGAGAAGAUGCAGUUCCGUGUCAGAGCCUACAACAUGGCAGGGCCCAGUGCACCUACCUCCCUAGCACAGGCCGUCACUAUCCACGAGAUCAUGCAGAAACCCAAAAUCUGGAUUCCUAGAAAUCUCCGCCAGACCCUCAUCAAGAAAGUGGAGGAGACAAUCAACCUUGUGAUCCCUUUCCAGGGCAAGCCUAGGCCUGUGAUCACCUGGAGUAAAGAUGGGGAGCCUCUGAACCCGAAGCAGGUUAGCGUCCGGAACAGCGACACCGARACAAUCCUAUUCAUCCGCAAGUCAGAGAGGAAGGACUCUGGGAAGUARGAAGUCAAGCUGCAGAUUGAGAAUGUUGAGGACACAGCCAGCAUCUCAAUUCAAAUAGUCGAUUUGCCUGGGUCUCCAGAGAAACUGAAGAUCAUGGAUGUUUGGGGCUUUAACGUGGCUCUGGAGUGGAAGCCACCCAAGGACAAUGGAAAUUGUGAAAUAACCGGCUACAUGGUUCAGAAGGCUGACAAGAAGACCAUGGAAUGGUACACUGUCUAUGAGCUAUAUAGGCGAACUAACUGUGUGGUGGCUGAUCUCAUCAUGGGGAAUGAAUACAUCUUCCGUAUCUACGCUGUGAACAUGGUAGGCCUCAGCCUAGAGCCCUGCUUCUCAGCAGACAGUGCCUACAUCCAGAAAACAGGUUUCGAAUACAAGCCUCCAACCUACAAGGAGCAUGACUUUUCUGAGGCGCCUAAGUUCACACACCCUCUAGUGAGCCGUUCAGUCAUAGCAGGCUACAACGCCACCCUCAGCUGCUCUGUCAGAGGCAUCCCCAAGCCCAAAGUUACAUGGUACAAAAACAAGAUGGACAUCUCCAACGAGGCCAAGUACCGUAUGUUCAGUAAGCAGGGCGUACUCACCCUGGAGAUCCGCAAGCCCUGCUCAUUUGAUGGGGGAGUGUACAUGUGCAAAGCAGUCAACGCCAGUGGAGAAGAUGUAGUGGAGUGCAAGCUAGAGAUUCGCCCACCUGGCACUUUCCCCCAAGCUCAAAUCACCAAAGAGGAGAAGGAUAAGCAGAUGAACAAGGCUGAUUAGAUGUAAAGAAGCCGGUUGAAGAUAGGGUGGAUGUCCCGUCUCAUCCUACACGGACCUCCACUGGGACCCUGGCCAGACUACAGCUCAAUGUGAAGAGACCAGAGAUAAUCCAUUASCUUUCAUUUCCCUGUGUCCCACUACCACCCUGUUAUGUGCACAUGUCAAUCUWCCCCGUUCCCUGUUGUGAAAUCAUCUUACAUAGGUCAUCCAAUACAUUACAUUCAUCCACAUUGGGUUAUUGUACCUUUAUUUAUUUCAUGGAAUAAUUUGAGGAGUAGCAAAGGACUGCAUUGUUUGAUUCACUCUUGCAUCCUUUGUAGAAUAAGAUUAUUGAGUAUUAGUGGCAAAGAUKAUUUGUUUUAUGUAUGAAAAAUAAAUGCAAAGCUUUGUCAARGGGCA